ACACCAAUUGGCCAUCCACCAAGUGACAAUCCAAAAACAAACCAAAUCCAUCAACAUGUUCAAAUUCGCUGCUAUCUUCUUCGCUGUUGUGGCUGUGGCUGCUGCCAAGCCCGGAAUCGUGGCUCCUCUGGCCGCCGCUCCUCUGGCCUAUACCGCUCCGGCUGUGGUGGGCAGUGCCGCCUACGUGGCUCCCUACGCCUCCAGCUACACCGCCAACACGGUGGCCCACAGCGCCGCCUUCCCAGCCGCCUAUACCACAGCCGCCUAUACCGCUCCCAUUGCCGCUGCCUAUACCGCCCCCGUUGCUGCUGCCUACACCCGCUUUGCCACGCCCUAUGCCGCCCCCUUCGCUGCCCCCUACGCCGCCGCCUACACCUCCCCCCUGGCCUACAGCUCGCCCUAUGUGGCCCGUCCCUACGUCGCCGCCGCUGCCGCCCCUCUGCUGCUGAAGAAGUAA